GGUGAGGUGAAGUUAUUUCGCGCGUCUCAACGGACAACGGUAAGACUUCCGAAUGGCCACCGCCAGCUUCUCUUUAUCCCCUUCACCGUUCUCUCGUUCAGAUUUUCGUCCAAGCUCCACCCAAGCGCGCCUUCGGAUUCCCUGCCGUUCGGAUGGAACCUCGUUGUCUCCUCUCUCCAGAACCCUUUCGGCAAUUGAAAGCUCCGGUGUCAUUGCGUGUCUUCGCGCCUCAAGUGGAGAUCUGGCAAGGGAAGCUGCACAAGCUGCACUUAGUGGUGGCAUCUCAGUUCUGGAGAUUGUGAUGUCCACUCCAGGUGUGUUUGAGGUUUUAGAAGGACUAGUUCAGGACCAUCCUACAUCGAUAAUAGGAGUUGGGACUGUCUUAAAUGCCUUGGAUGCCAGAAAAGCCAUAAAAGCUGGAGCCAGGUUCCUCAUGAGCCCUGUAACAGUCAAGCAGGACAUUCUUGAAGAUAUCCAAGGUGGUGAAAUUCUCUAUAUCCCUGGAGUAAUGACACCAACAGAGUUAUGGGCUGCAUAUAAUUCUGGUGCAAGAGUUGUAAAGGUUUAUCCUAUCUCAGCCUUAGGUGGCACUCAAUAUAUAUCAUCUCUCAAGAAACCAUUUCCUCAUAUCCCAAUGGUUGCUUCCCAAGGCAUCACAUUAGAUUCUAUAGGAACAUAUAUUGCUGGUGGAGCAUCAGCAGUGGUUUUGUCUGAUGCUAUAUUUGAUAAAGAGGCAAUGUGUCAACAAAAUUUUGAUACCAUCUAUCAACUUGCUCAACUUGCAGCUUUACAAGGACAUGAAGCAGUACAACGGAAGAAAAGAUGUAUGCUCAGUCUUGCUUCAUGACAAGCCAGCAACUUUCCACUUUUCAAUCUAUGUCAGGUUAUUAAAAAAAAAUUCAGGGAUGUGAUUUGGUGAUAGGGCGAACAUAUUUACUGAAGGAACAUUAACUGCCAAAUGGACUAGCAAAUAAUGUAACCAUGUUUCUAUUUCAUCUCCUAGAUCAACACUCAUUUAACAUUGUUUGCUACUUAUCUCCUCUGUUUGUCAGUGGGCAGUAGAUUACCCCAAUUGAUGUUGUUGACUUUCCAAAAUGUCCAUCUUUGGAUUAUGUCAUGUAAGAUAGAUGCAACAACAGAGUUCUAUUAACCAACAUGCUGAGGAGCUCAAGAAGAUGAUCAUUAUUUGACUGUUCAGAGUCUGAAGGGAAUUGCUUUUAUUUCACUAAUCAUAUAAAACCUCACGGGGUUAUAAUGCAUGGAUGACCCUAUAUAAUAGGUAUAAGGAUUUGCUGA